AUGGCAUUUACUUGUGUGGCAAGCGGGUCGUUUCAUCAAGGUGAUCUGAGGUUUACCUACAGUAGAAACGCCCAAUGUGUGGCAAACUCAGCCUGUGCCAUCGCUUGGAAGUCUCUCGGGAAGGAAUUUUGUACUUCUGCAAUUGACUCCAUACUCCUAAGUGGCGAUACUUUGUAUAGGUCGUUGCGUAGUGAGGCGUGUGUUGGUGGUGACAGGUUUUUGUUUCCCAACGAGAUUCCACGUGAGUUUAAUGUAGAUGGAAUUCAAGUUCACGUUGAUGUUUCAUAUGUACAUGAUGCUUUGUAUCCUCUCUCACGUGAUGUAUUUAAUGAUAGCGUUGUAGAGCUGGCCUGUGAACUAGAGGUAUUGUUGGUGGAAUCUUCGGAAAAUGUAGGUUUUUUAUUCACAGGGUUAAAUGUGACUGUUGGCUUUUGGCGUAGGCAAGAUAAGCUAUUUCUGUUUGAUCCACACGCAGUAAAUGAAAAGCGUCGGCACGACAUCAGUAACUGCCACAAUAACUUGGCUCGCCUUUUCACUUGUGAUAACUACUUUUCCUUGGCAUCUCUGUUGCUAUGCAAUGUAGUCUAUGACGCCAAUGUACGCCAAUUUUCGAUAACACAAUUGAAAUUCAAUAGCCAUGUCUCAUCCGCUUCACUUGACUUUGUGUUCAACCCUGUUAUAACACCACUGCCCAGUCUAAAUUUUACUCCUACCCCACAUUGCCCUAGCCCUGAAUUUCUAAUUCUUAACGAUUCUAUCAACGAAUCACUUUCACAGUGCCCCAGUCCUGAUUUCCUCCAAGAUCCUAAACUAAAUUCCCUGAAUCCAAUUGUAGUAAUUUCUCCUUUGAGAACGUCUAGAUCCCUCCCCAAUCUCCAAUCUCCCCGAAAACGACCCGGAAGGCCAAAAAAGUUGAAACGUGGGCGCCCUAAAUCUUUAAAAACAACAAAGGACGAACAAAUUGCCGACGCAAAGAAAAGAUAUACGGAUAGUCACCCGGGAAAAAAUGCAGACGAUGCUCGUCGUCACCGAGAAAACAACCCUGAUUCUCAUAGGGAGGCUGUCCGUAUAUACAGCCAAUCCCACCCGGAAGUCAAUAGGGAAGCUGUAGGUCGGUACAGCCAAACCCACCCUGGAGCCUCUCUUGAAAGGGUUCAAAUUUUCCGACUGAAAAAUCCUAAGCUCAUUGAACUGAGACAUUUGAACAUUACCCUUGCAAGGACAAUUUUUAACCAAGGCCCCAUGGGAAGUUGGACGGGGGAUCUACUUAAUUCUAUCUUACCAUAUAAAUUGGCCAAUACAAGUUUGUGGAGUAGUGAAGUUUUUAAGUGUCCUCAUUGUGGCGCUCGGCUAUUUGAGGAAGAAAAAAAUCGCAGUAUGUGGUGUUGUGGUAAAGGAGCCUACAAUGUCCUUAAUCUACCUCCACUUGUAGAAAAUUUCUACUCGAAUCGUUGCUUCCUCGAGAGAGCCCGAGCCUAUAAUGACCUUUUUGCCUUUUGUGCUCUCGAGGUAUCAGGAGGUUACCGUCAUCCUAGUGGCCUCUCCUUUUUCAAAAUAGAAGGCAGAAUGUAUCAUCAAAUUUAUAAUUUGGACGCUCCGGGCCAAAAGUUCACCACUAAAGCUGGGGUAGUCCAAUUUGUAAAUCGAUCGCGAUUGUACAUUGAUGAUGGUGAAGAGCGGAGAAAUAUCGCCUCUGGUAGAUCACUAGAUGCGGAUAUAGUUGAUUCUAUUUCUGAAUUUCUCUCCCAUGAAAAUCCGUAUAUUAUUAACUAUCGCCGUUUGGGUAAUGAGCCAGCGGUUAAUGCUCACUUGGAUUUUCAAGUCACAAGUAGAGCCACUCACGGUCCGGUCUUAGGUGACGGGCAGACAGGCGUCGAGGUACAUGCAGUGCUCAGUACCGAUGAGACUGUUCAUGAACCUCGGAAAUUGACAAUUUGGAAAGUUGGGUCUCCUAAACCAACCUCUAUAAACCUUUUUAGUCCCCUUAUGGAACCCUUCCAGUACCCAUUGCUCUAUCCGGAUGGCACUUUGGGCUGGCAUAUAGGUCGCCUUGAUAAUUUCAAUAACAAGUUAUCUCAGUAUAACUACGCACGUUGCCUUUUGUUAUCUGAUCCUCGUUUUUCUCACAUCGGCCGACUGUCUCAAGCUUGGCAGGUCGAGAUGUUCGCACGAUUCGAAGAGGAGAGGUUGAAUUUUAUCAAAUAUAAUCAAACCAGGUCAGCUGAAAAUGCCAUGCGGAUAGGGCCAUUGGACGAACUGGAGACAGCUAGACGUAAUAGUAAUCAGCCAACGGGACAGAUUUUUAACGAAAUUGCCAAUGACGAAACGAUCCGAGGGGAGGGUGGAGCACAGCCGGGUAAAGUUUAUCUUCCCAGUUCAUUUACGGGGGGACCAAGAUACAUGAAGCUUCGUUACUUGAACGCAAUGGCUCUUGUUUCUCGUCUUGGUUUCCCUACUUUCUUCCUCACAUUUACAUAUAGUGCUACGUGGGAAGAAAACAAGAAGGCAUGUCCCCGGAACAGCGGCCGCAGCGACCCCAGUACCGCUUGCAGAGUUUUCUACAUUAAACUCCUAGAACUUCUCCGAGAUCUCCGCAGUGGAGCAAUGUUCGGCCGGUCCGUGUACAUCGUACAUGUCAUCGAAAUGCAAAUGCGAGGCCUUCCACACGCCCACAUUGUAUUUAAGAUUGACGGCGAUGGACCGGUGCAGGCUGCUGACAUUGAUUUAAUCAUUCGAUCUGACAUCCCUUCGGAGGAGGAGGCUGGGGGCAGACUAAGGGAGUUAGUUCUGAGACACAUGAUCCAUGGCCCAUGUGGUACAGAAUACAGAACUGACUUCCCUUGUUGGAACUCAGACAAAGGCUGCUGUUCCAAAUUUUUUCCAAAACCUGUUUGCGAAACAACUCAUAUUGAUGAAAAGGGGUUUGUUCAAUACAAGCGCAGUUAUGAGAACAAAGGAGUUAUUACGUCAAGGAGAAAGUCUGUCACUGUUCAUGAUGGCUGGGUUGUUCCUUAUAACUCUGCGCUACUUCUGAAAUAUGAAGCUCAUAUCAAUUUAGAGCUAGCUUCAACUCGAAAAGUUGUUAAGUAUUUGUUCAAGUACCUGAUGAAGGGUGGUUCACUGCAGAAUGUUACUGUUACGCCCUUAGGUCAGCAAGAAGAUGAAGUACAGCACUAUGUCACAAAGCGGAUGGUGGGUGCUAGUGAUGCGUGCUGGCGGCUUUUAGACUUUCCAAUCUCUAAGUCUGAGCCAACAGUAGAGUGCCUUCCUGUACACCUUGAGGGAAAGCAAACAGUAACAUUCUGUCCAACAAACUUGGCUGACGCGACUCUACAAGCUAGCUCUAAUUUGCUAUUGUACUUUAACAGACCUCUUCACUCUAUUUUUGAUAAUUUAACAUACCAAUCAUUCUUCGAGCAGUUUAUAGUCCAUUCUAAACGUCCACGUAGUGGAGAAGUAUACGACCAUCCCGACGGCAAACAUUAUAUUACACCUCGACAACGUGGUACCAAGAUCUGCCGGCUUUUUUGGGUUUCGCCAAACAGAAGCGAGCAAUAUUUUCUUCGUUUGCUGCUCAUGAUUUUACCAUGCCGUGGUUACGCUGAUCUGCUUGCACGUGGAGGUGAUGGUUGUAGUACUUUCCAACAGGUAGCGCGAAAACUCGGCUUGGUUGAAGAUGAGGAUGAGUAUGGCAUUGCCAUUAGGGAAGCUGCUCAAUUCAUGAUUGGUUCGAAACUUCGAUCAUUUUUCGUUCUACUCUGCAACAUGGGGGCGCCUGCGGCUCUUUUGUGGGAAUCUUUCCGAAAUACGCUUUGUGAGGACCAUUUGGAACGCAACCCUCUUGAUCAUGAGCUCGCCUUUAAGCUAUCUCUGCUCGAAAUUGAUCGCAGUCUCCGUCGACAGGGGUCUUGUUUGGCUGACCAUGGCCUCCCAAGUGUGGAAGAUGAUACCACAGAAUUAGGCAGAGAACUACUCGUCUACGGUGAGAACCAACAGAAAUCACUUGUAGAUGAGUGGGAACCAAAAUUGUCAAAUGAUCAGAGGGCAGUCUUAAAUCACGUUCGUUCGUUAUUACAAGGAGAUCGCCGGACAAACAGACUAAUCUUCCUAGACGGACCAGGUGGCUACGGGAAAACGUUGUUAAUUAGCGUGCUUCUCGCUUACGUUCGAAGCCAAAGUCAGGUUGCUAUUGCUGUCGCUAGCUCUGGUAUCGCCUCUGGCAACAUGCCAGGAGGUACGACAGCUCAUAGCAUGUUCAGAUUGCCACUUGACCUCGGUGACGGCACAGGCUAUUGGAACUUGACCAACGGGUCUCAGCGGGCAGAACUAAUCAGAGCCGCACAGCUCAUAGUUUUUGAUGAGGCACCGAUGGCUCAUCGCUACAUUUUUGAGAUUCUCGACAGAUCUCUGCGGGAUCUUAUGAAUUCACGUGAACCAUUCGGUAACAAGAUCUUUAUCUGCUCGGGAGAUUUCCGUCAGAUCGCGCCCGUUGUUGCCAGAGCUCGAACGCCCGCUGAUAUCGCUUGUGUAUCGCUCCGUGCGUCGCAUCUUUGGUCAAGUUUCAAGGUGUUCUCUCUUUCUACACCUCACAGGACUAGUAAUUCCAAUGCAUACUCCAAAUUCUUGCUUGAAGUAGGCAAUGGAACUAUCAAUACUGUUGUGUUUGGCGAGGGAAAGGACAGUUGCAGCUUGAUACCACUGUCUGGCAUUAGAUAUGUGACUUCCCUGUCAGAUCUCAUCGCUUUUGUUUUCCCCGAUUGUGACCUGAAUGACCCCGAACUUACGGCUAGACGAGCUAUUCUUUCAACAAUGAACGUUAACGUACGAAAUAUUAACGACAUUGUUCUUAACACUUCAAGCGGGGUCGUACAUAAGUUGAGAAGCGCCGAUACUGUGGACAAGGAAAAUGAUGACGGCAUGGACGUCGAUGUACACUUGCUGAACCAGGCCACCGGCAAGGGUGUGCCAGACCAUGUCCUGCGAAUCAAGAUCGGCUCCGUUUGCCUCAUUAUGAGGAAUUUGAAUAUCGACAACGGACUUGUGAACGGUACAAAGGUAAUUGUUACGGCGAUUAGUCCUCGCUUGAUUACUGCUAGACUUCCCGGCAAAACUGAUCCAAUUUGUAUCCCUAGGAUUCAAUUUGUGUUUCCGUUUGUCGAAGGGUCGCCGCUUCGCAUCCGCCGUCUUCAAUUCCCUCUAAUGUUGGCUUAUUGUAUGACUGGUCACAAAAGCCAAGGCCAGACGAUCGAUCGCGUUGGAGUCGAUCUUCGGAGCGACUGUUUCACACACGGUCAAUUAUACGUCCUCCUUAGCAGGGUCAGACAUCCUGACGACAUCGUUGUUCUUGUCCCACCUGAUAGAGUCCGCGAAGGAAUAGCCUAUGCGAAGAAUAUCGUAUUUGACGAACUCCUUCUUUAG